AUGGCUGAGUCUCAGCAGAGCCAAGAGGGCAGCACAGGGGGCACUCAUUGCCUCGAAGCUGACUCUGUUGGUUUUGAGGAUGACCAUGAUCAGACUGCACAAGAAAUACCAGUGAAUGAAGUGCCAGAGAAUGAAGGUCUUUCUCCCACAGGCGUCACAGACAGGAUGUUUUUCAUUGAAUUAGCCAACAAGCAACUGUGAACCAUCUCACUGGGGGUCUUGAGUCUAGAAUAUCUGGAAGAAGUGCACAUGGAAGAGAACCUGAUUGUAAGCAUCCCCAGAGACAUCAAUUGCCUGAGGCACAUGAAGGUCCUCUAUUUGGGUCAGAAUCACAUAUAGGACAUAUGUGAAGAACUGAGGAAGCUGAAAUAUCUUCUGAGCUUAGAUUUAAGUAACAAUCCCCUCUCCUGUAGUUCGCUACCAGUUAUCAGCAAGUUACAGUCCCUUCAUCAGCUCAGGCUCUAUAAAACAAACUUGCACAAAAUCCCAGUGCAGAUCUGUGAACACCUCCAUCAUGUUGAACUGCUUGGCCUUUCUGACAAUAAUCUCAAGCGUCUGCCUAAAAAAAUAGUGAACCUGAAAAAACUCAAGGAAAUUUACCUCCAGAAAAAUAGAUUUGAAGAUUUUUCUAGGGAGCUUUGUCAUAUUGCUAAUUUAGAAAUAAGAGAUAUGGAACAGAAUCUGAUCAGUCUCAUCCCAGAAGAGGUAGGCUUUUUGACAAACUUAGUUAAGCUAAUUUUAGCUUUUAAUAACUUAUCCUCCAUUCCUCCUACACCGCAACACUGCCAGAAGCUGGCUGUGCUGGAUCUGUCUCAUACUCUCCUGCACAAGCUUCCCCCAGGUCUGAAGAAACUCAGAAAUGAGAGUACUCUGUCUGCUAACAGCCUGGACAAGUUCCUACACCAGAUCUGCUGCUGGCCGUCCUUUUGCCGUGUUUAUCUGAGGAACACCAGACUGGGCACAGUACCCAGGUCCUUCACCAGAUUAACCCCCGUCAGGAUACUAGAUCUGAGUGAAAAUUGCUUUGUUGAGAUUCCUAAAGGAGUAUGUACUAUGAAAAACCUGGAAGUAUUGGCCCUGGAUGACAAUCAGAUACGGGAGAUACCUGCGGAGGUGAAAGAACUGACAAAUUUGAAAUGCCUUAGCCUGUCUGAAAACCAAUUCAAUAUCUUUCCAAAGGAAAUCUUUCUCCUGGAGUCGCUAGAGAGAUUAUACCUGGGCUAAGGUAAAGAAAUUAAAUUCACAAGUCUGCCAGAGGACAUCAGCAAAUGGCAGAAUCUGAAAGAACCGCAUAUGGUGAAUAAUUGUCCAGCAUACCUGCCCACAGCCAUCGGCUCAUUGACCCACUUGAAAACACCUGGCUGUCGCAACAAUCUCCUUAAACAGCUCUCAGACUCUGUAAGCCAAAUACAAGGUUUGCAAAAACUGCUCGUUCAGAAAAACUCACCUUCCCAGCUGCCCAAGGAUUUGGACAGUCUUCAGCAGCUGGAGCUGGUCCUUGUGGAUGGGAACCCUAUGACAGACCCUCCGACUGAAGUGUGCUGUCGGGGGGCAUCUGCCAUCUGGGAACACUUAUGGGAAAAAAGGUGUAAAAAGGUGAUGAACUUAAAGAUCCAAAGUUUGUGGCGUGGGUUGAUGAACCAGAAGGGGAUCGGACCUUUCUUGACACUUAAGAACCUAACAAAAAAAAAAAAAAAAAAAGGAAAAGAAAGCAAACGGAAAGGCAAAAGAGAAGCCUGCAAAAGGAUUAAAAGCCAAAAAGUGAUAUUUGGGCAGUAA